GGGUCACUAUGUGCCCCAAAAUAAAGUUUUUUAUUCAUUCGUUUAUAUAUCACAAAAUACUGAUUGUGAAAAAUUUAUUCGAAACAAUAUGCUGUUUACUAUAAAAUAAAUACUUAUAUACCUACGGGCUUAUGCAAGCGUGUGAACAGAUACUUAAUACAAAACUUAAAGAAGCUUUUGAAUGCCUCUUAAUAUCCGUGUCAACUGUCAUAUGUGAAGCUUUCAAUUUGUAUAAAGGGUCAUUAUCAAACUUGCCACCUCCAUCCCUAAGUACUCCCUUCUACAGACUAACACUUACAAACAAUUUUCCAUUUCGCUACACACUCGCACAUCGGUAAAGACUAACGGUGGGAACACACCGACGGUGAGCGGCGGCAUUGCUCUAAAGCGGCAUACAAACUCCGAGCGUCCCAUUCGUAGUCUAACCGUUGUGCACUCACCCUAGCCCUCGAUCUUAGAGGCACAGUUCUUUUUGCCAUACAGCCUAUAAAUACGCGAGGCGCUUUAUGAACAUAAACAGUCUUUUUUUACCAACCGUACCGCGUGGAUCUAACACAAUGUUUGCAAAAGUGGUUGUUGUUGCAGUGGUCCUCGCGGUAGCGCGAUCAGCACCCAGAGAAGACAUGGGAUUGAAGAGUAUGCUGAGGAUAUAUGAAGAAUGUCAACGGGCUGACGGGAUUGUUCCUUGCUUGAAAAAGAAGGCUAUAUUGUUCUUCGAUCGAGUGGCGAGGAUGGAAGCUAUUCCAGUUAUCGAUGGGAUUGAGGUUAUUAAAUCUUCGGAGCCUGAAGUAGCACCUAUAAGUGAAAAGGAUAUUGAAGCAACACUGCCAAGGAAUCUUCAGGAUAAGGAUGAGACUCUUUCAGAGAUGCUGUGGGACAGGAUUGCGUCCUUCGCCAAUUCAAGGACCAUUCAGCUGUCUCUUCCCAAAAUGACAGGACAGGAGUUGAAUAGGGGCGUCGAAGAAGGACGAGGCAAGAUGAAGAAAAUGAUGGGGAUGAUGGCGAUGGGUUUCGCUAUGAAAAUGGCCGCCAUGGUCCCGCUGGCUAUUGCUGGACUCUUCAUCUUGGCUGGCAAGGCCCUCAUAGUCUCAAAGAUUGCCCUUCUCCUCUCAGGCAUCAUAGCUCUAAAGAAGAUCAUAGCACAGAAGAACAGCGGCGGCGGCGGCCAUGACAGUGGCUGGUCUUCGGGCGGCAGCAGUGGCGGCUGGGAUCGUCGCUCGUACAACGACGUUUCCGAACUCGCCUAUUCGGCUUACAAGAAAGACUAAAUCUUAUUACUAUUACAUCUAAGUCUAAUUUCUAAUGUCACCUCAUUUAUCUUAGUUUUUUUUUUAAUUUCGAGUCAAUACGUAAGACGUCUCAAAACUCGCUUAUUUGGUCUACAAGAAAAACUAAAUCUUAUUACUAUUACAUCUAAGUCUUAUUUCUAAUGUCACCUCAUUUUCGUUUAGUUUUAAUUUUUAAUUUCGAGUGAGUACGUAAUACGUCUCAGAACUCGCCUAUUCGGUCUACAAGAAAGACCAAACCUUAUCACUGUAACGUCCAAGUCUAAUUUCUAAUGCCACCUCAUUUUUGUUAAGUUUUAUUUUUUUUUAUUCGAGUGAAAAACUAAAUCUUAUUACUAUUACAUCUAAGUCUUCUUUCUAAUGUCACAUCAUUUUUGUUAAGUUUUAAUUUUUUUUUUCGAGUGAAUACGUAAGACGUCUCAGAACUCGUCUAUUCAGCCUACAAGAAAGGCUAAACCUUAUCACUAUAACAUCUAAGUCUAAUUUCAAAUGCCACCUCAAUUUUGAUUAGUUUUAAUUUUAAUUUCGAAUGAAUACAUACGACGUUUCAGAACUCGCCUAUUCAGCCUACAAUAAAGACUAAAUCUUAUCACUAUAACAUCUAAGUCCAAUUUCUAAUGUCACCUUAUUUUUAUAUAGUUUUAAUUUGCUCAAGUGGGUAAGGAGAUCUGUAAACAAUCGUAAGUAAAACUUUUUUUUUAAUUUUUCAAGUCAUGUGAUUCACCAUCUUUAAGUUCGUGAUAUUUAUUUUUUAUUGUUUAUACCCACCUUUUGAAACAUGUGACUUGUUUUGUUGUAUUUAUUGUUUUUUUUUUAUUUUACAAUUUAGGUACUAAUUGGAAUUGUCCUUUGUAAAGGGCAAUUUGGAAGUACUUUAUAUUUAAAGGUGUAUUUUUAAUGUACUUAUUUAUUUUAGAUGUAAGUUUCGACUGCUUUGAGCCGGAAUACUCAGUUUAUAAUUUAUUUUUAAUUUGUGUCAUAUAUAAAAUUGUUAUUUAUUUUUAUUUAUCUACCUGAAUUGUAUAUAUUGAAAUGAUGUAUUUAGAGUAAAUUUAUUUUAUGUAUAUAUUUUUUAUACCUUCAUUUUUUUCAUUAAUUCUAAUCUUAAUUUAUUAAAAUAU